AUGGAAAUACCUGAUAGUAUUCCUGCAGAUAGGGUAGAACUGUUUGAAUCGGCAGUUCGGUUUUUGGGUGAACCCACGGUACAAAACUCUCCUCUGACUAAGAAAGUUGAGUUUCUUCAGAAGAAAGGCUUAUCCGAACAAGAAAUCCAACAUGCUUUAAAAUAUUCUGAGAAUGUUUCAGCAAAGUCUAGCUCUGAGUUGCAGAGUGGAAAUAGUGUUGCAUCUGUGCCUAUGAAUGAUUCGUGGUAUGAUGCUGUUCCUCCUCCUUUGCCAAGACGUGACUGGAAAGAUUAUUUUAUUAUGGCCACGACCACUGUAGGCCUAUGUUAUGGUAUAUACGAAGUGACUAGGAGGUAUGUGGUUCCGCAACUUCUUCCAGAAUCCAAAAGUAAGUUAGAGGAGGACAAACAGCACAUUGACCAGCACUUUGAGAAAGUUGAUAAGUUGUUGGAGAAGUUUGAGCAGGAGCAGGAGGAAUUUAGAAACCAGCAGGUUGAAAAACUAAAGGAAUUGGAUGCUACAAUAAUUAAGUUGCAAGGAGCGCUUGAAGACACCACGAAAACGAGAAGCAACAUCAAUUUUGAAUUUAGAGACUUGAAGCUGCAAGUUACUGAAUUAUCAAAGAAAAUAGAAGAAUUCAAACAUAACCGUGAAAGUAGUACGCAGUUGGCCGGCCUUCAUAGUGAUAUGGAAUCCUUGAAAAGACUAAUCAAGAAUAGUACGUUCGCCAACGGUGGUAGUUCUUUAAACAACUCGUCAGCUCCAAAUGGUGUACCCUCCGCCGCUUCAAUUCCAUCUGCUUCUGAAAUAUUGGCUAAAAUGAAGCCAAACGUUAAAAAAGACGAACAACAUGUAGAAAAAUAUGCUGCCCCUGUAUGGAAAGCAGGUAGAAUGCAUAAUACUUCCUCUCCGUCCCUGGCAGCGAUUCCUGACUGGCAGAAAGCAGCAGUUUCCUCAAAAGAACAAUCACCGGUUAAUAAUGCCCCCAACGAUGUAUCAGACGAAUCUUCUCGGGAAGACUUCGCUACCUAG